AUGUCCGAUGACAACAGCCAUAACCACGAGACCUCCACGGCGGAGAUUCUUCGUCGCUACCAAACUGCCGAAAGCGUCUUGCUUCCUAUACCGCGAGAUGCCUUCGAAAAGCUAUACCUAAGCCCCAAGACGCCAAAUGCAGGAAAGCUGCGGUCCACUUUUGGGAAUCCCACACCUGUCUCAUUGAUGGGCUUCUUGCUGGCUGCCACACCAACGGCAAUGCUCACUAUGGGCUGGAGGGGAGCUGGUGGGAAUGGCGGUGCCAUUUUACCGGUUUAUAUCUUCUUCGGUGCAAUGGUACAGAUCUUUGGAGCGGUUGGCGAAUGGAUCCUAGGGAAUACAUUUUCCUGUGCGGUAUUCUUUACAUAUGGUACCUUCUGGCUGGUCCAAGGUACAUCACUCAUGCCAUUUUUCGCCGUUGGCACAAUGUACUCACCUGAGGGCAACACACUGGAGGGCAUGGAGACAGCUGAAUACAGCGCCACUGUUGGUUUCUAUUACGUGACCCUCGCAAUGCUCACUUUCGUAUACAUGAUUUGCUCCCUUCGCACCAAUAUCUGCCUCUUCGUCGCAUUCUUCCUCCUCGUGAUUACAUUUGGACUAUUUGCAGGCACAUAUUUCCAAACGGCGCUGGGUAAUCUAGAGUUAGCAGCCAAAUUACAGAAAGCCGCCGGCGCCUUCAACUUUGCGCUUUGCGUCCCAAUCUGGCACAUUUUCAUCGCCCAGAUUCUCGAUGCAGUCGAUUUCCCGAUCUCACUUCCAGUGGGCGAUCUGAGCACGGUUAUUCUUGGCAAGAGUCAGAAGGCUCGGAAAUGUGAGGUGGAUGGAUGA